AUGACCGGGAGCAGUGGCUCCGGGGAGGCCCCGACCCCGGAAGGACAGCGUCUCCGCGCGGGUGGAGCUUGCAGGCCAGGUGUCCCACAGGUUAGUGGUUACCUGGAUGAUUGUACCUGUGAUGUUGAGACCAUCGAUAAAUUUAAUAACUACAGACUUUUCCCAAGACUACAGAAACUUCUCGAAAGUGACUACUUUAGAUAUUACAAGGUAAACUUGAAGAAGCCGUGUCCUUUCUGGAAUGACAUCAGCCAGUGUGGAAGGAGAGACUGUGCUGUCAGACCCUGCCAUUCUGAUGAAGUUCCUGAUGGGAUUAAGUCUGCGAGCUACAAGUACUCUGAAGAAGCUAACCUCAUUGAAGAAUGUGAACAAGCUGAGCGGCUUGGCGCAGUGGACGAAUCUCUGAGUGAGGAAACCCAGAAGGCUGUUCUUCAGUGGACCAAGCAUGAUGAUUCUUCAGACAGCUUCUGUGAAGUUGAUGACAUACAGUCCCCUGAUGCUGAGUAUGUGGAUUUACUCCUUAAUCCUGAGCGCUACACAGGCUACAAAGGGCCAGAUGCUUGGAGGAUAUGGAGUGUCAUCUAUGAAGAAAACUGUUUUAAACCGCAAACAAUUCAAAGGCCUUUAAAUCCUUUGGCUUCUGGUCAAGGAAAAAGUAAAGAGAACACUUUUUACAGCUGGCUAGAAGGCCUCUGUGUAGAAAAGAGAGCAUUCUACAGGCUUAUAUCUGGUCUCCAUGCAAGCAUUAAUGUACAUUUGAGUGCAAGGUAUCUUUUACAAGAUACUUGGCUGGAGAAGAAGUGGGGCCACAACGUGACGGAGUUCCAGCAGCGCUUCGAUGGGGUUUUGACUGAAGGCGAAGGCCCUCGGCGGCUGAAGAAUUUGUACUUCCUGUACUUGAUAGAGUUAAGGGCUCUUUCGAAAGUGCUCCCGUUUUUUGAGCGCCCAGAUUUUCAGCUCUUCACGGGAGAUAAAGUUCAGGAUGCAGAAAACAAAGCGUUACUUUUGGAGAUUCUUCAUGAAAUCAAGUCAUUUCCUUUGCAUUUUGAUGAGAACUCAUUUUUUGCUGGGGAUAAGAAUGAAGCACAUAAACUAAAGGAGGACUUCCGACAACAUUUUAGAAAUAUUUCGAGAAUCAUGGAUUGUGUUGGUUGUUUCAAGUGUCGACUGUGGGGAAAGCUCCAGACUCAGGGUUUGGGCACUGCUCUGAAGAUCUUGUUUUCCGAGAAACUGAUAGCAAAUAUGCCAGAAAGUGGACCAAGUUAUGAAUUCCAGCUGACCCGACAGGAAAUAGUCUCAUUGUUUAAUGCAUUUGGAAGGAUUUCUACAAGCGUGAGAGAAUUAGAGAACUUCAGGCACUUGUUGCAGAAUGUUCACUGAGGAGGACAGGUUGGAACGCGCCUGUUUCUGGACAUGGGAGGCCAAAGAGCUGAAUCUCUCCGAGCAGCAUGACUGCAGUGGCCUCUCAAGCCAAAUGUUUCUAUAAAGCUGCUUUUGUAAAAGGAGAAAUACAUUGUUUUAAGUAAAUGACAUUUUUAAAAAUUGUGUUCAUGUUUAAUAUUAUUGUGAAUAAAAGUAUUUUGAUAAUGUACAAAUUUUAGUACUAGAUAAAGGUAAGAUCACCAAAUUCCCGUAAAAUAAAAAUAGGUGAAUGAUGUCUUUAGCCUCUCGAACUAGAGUUAUAUUUAAGAAGAUGUGAUAAAAAUAAAGCUAAGGUAGCUGUGACAAGUGUUUGUAAAAUUCUAAGAGGCUCACCAAUAACCCAUGGUCAUCAGCCUAAAAACACGAUGAAUUUUCAUUUGCCUCAUUUGCAAAGAAAAUACUGAAUUCCCAGUUAGAUUUGAAUUUUAGACAAGCAACUAGUUUUCUCUUAAGUGUAAGUAUGUUGUAUGCAGUAUUAGGGCCGUAUUUAUACUAAAGGUAAUUAAUUUGUUUUAAGUUCGGGUUUAACUGGGAGGCCUGUGUUUUCCUGGCAACCCUAAAAUACACUGGUAUGAAACAUUCCUUUUAGAGUUAUAUAGCUAUUUUGAUUGUCCAUAGGGAAGUAGAACAACUCAAAGGCACAGGAGAUUUCUAAACGUUAUAGAAAGAUGAAUAGAUUAUAUAUUUAUUCUCAUAAUACUUCCCCUAAUAGUAAAUUUUGGGGAAAACUUUAUUUUUAUAUAAUUUCAGAUUUACAGAAAAGUUUCAAAAACAGUACAAAAAAAAAUGUUUUACUCAAAUUGAUAGUUCACAUAUGUUGUGACUGCUCAUCCCGUCUCACACUGGGGACUGAGUCCAGGACCUCAGGCGUGCUAGGCUAGCCCUCCACACCCCCCUCCCCUCAGCUGUGUCCUCAGGCCAUGCUUUAUCUUCUGUGUAGACAUAGAUAUCCUGUUUUUUAUUUAUUGUUUGAGAACUAGUCAUGGACAUCAUGUGUUAAUCCAAAAUACUUCCAUGUGAUGUGCAGUUAUUUCCUAAAAAUGAUAUUUUUUUGUUUUUAUAGGGAAAUACCAAACCUUACAAAUCUUCGCUAAACUAGUAGAAGCCUUAAAAUAAAUAUAUCAUGUCCUAAUCACCUAAAGUUUGAGUGUUGUUGCCUUUUUUGACCCAUGUAAUCAAAAGAUAUAUAAUUCAUGCUUUUAAUACAUGAAACUGAUUUCUUUUGCCUCCAUAAAAUGGAACUAUAAUUUUGAUAGGUUUUCAUUAGUGGAAGCUUUUCAUUGAGAACAAUAUUUGAAGUGGCUUAAGAAUUUACAUCACAUAGCAAUUAUAAAUACUGUAUACCUCAAAAUUAUGCCCCUUUUAUAUCAUAUAUAAUGUCUGACCAGUUAGGAUAGGUUGAGAUGUCUCUUAAGAGAAGCAAGAUUUAUAUAUGUAUGGUUAGAAUGUCACUUUACACUGCUUGUAUCUUCUCUGUCUCUGAGACUUGGUUCAGUGCCAGGCAUAUAGUUGGUGUCUAGUAUUCGUUGAUUGAAUGUGUAGGUAUGUAUUUAGUACACUUUAAAUGAAUGAUCAUAUAACUAUGUUUAGCAAUGUGUCCUAUUUCCUUUCUCAUUUUUUCCCCUUUCUUUUGAAUAGGGAAGCAAAUGAAAGUCUAUUUUCUUGGGGACUUGUAGUGCUAAGUGAUCACCAUAUACAAGGGUAUUUCAUCGCCCAUUCUUGUCCUUAGUGCUUCCACUUACUGCCUCCCACUUGAUUUGCCCUGUGAACUCUGUCCUUCCAAAUGAUGUCUAACAACUUACUUCUAAGUCUACAAUUAACAAGCCAUUUCUUAAUUUGAACUUCCUGCACUUGACCCUCUUGACAAUCCCUUCCUUGAAGUCCCAGUAACUAUGUAUCCUUGUAUAGGGUUUGUUCCUGGAUGUCUUUCCUCUGGUCCCCUCAUUUAACCUAAAUGUCACACCUCAGACUUCUUUUUCUCAGUCACUGUGCUUCACUCUUGGGUGCUUUCCAUCCAGUGAUGCCCAACAGAUUUUAGCUCAGACUUCUCAGUCCCUUUUCCUACUGGACUCACUUGUUAUCCCAUCCUCUCUUCUGAAACACACAAACCUACUGUGUGUCUGUUACUUAUUUGGUUAACUUCAGAACCAUUGUUCCAUACAAAGCUUCCAGCUCAUUCCUCUUCCUCCUGUUGUUGUCUUGAGUUCUGCUGAUUUUUUUUCCCACCUUUCAUUCUCUUUCAUUUUUGUUACUGUUAUCCAGUGAACUAACAAAGUCUGUUUCCUCAUCUCUGUUGGUCCAUAUUACCAGAUUCCGCUUUCUAGAAGCAUUCACUUCUGGGCAAUUUUCUGAGCUUUGUGGUGAGAGCCUUUCCUUGGUGUUCAAGCGCAUCUUCUUGUCUUUGCCACUCUGUUUUGAUAAAAGUGUUAAAGGUUUUCAAAAGUCCAGAGUUGGAUCUUGCUCCAAACCUUGGUAGACACCAUAUUUGCAUUGAGAAACCCAGGCUUCUUUCAAACCUGGGAAAUUUCAUGCAUUCUUGAAAUUCUCUUUGAAACUACACCUGUCCCCUCCCUGUGGUCACCACUGUAAUUGCAACCUACCUCUACUGAAUCACUUAAUGUACUGUGUGUUUUAUUUUUUUUUUUUAAGUGUCCUUUACUAGAAUGUGAGCUCCUUAGGGGCAGGAAAAUAAACUAUUAAUUUUGGCAUCUCUAUAGCAUAGUGUUUGGCAUAUGAGCAUUUAGUAAAUGUUUGUUGAGUUAACUGCUUCACAGUGACAGCUGUACCUCACUGUCUUUGCUUACAGCAAGGAUCAGUAGACUUCAGGGUAGCAAUAAAGAUGAAGAUAAUUUAA